CUGUUUUUUGUGUGAAUAUAUAUUAUGAUGAAUAAAAUUUAUUUUUGGAACGAGAGGUAAUGGCGAGGUUUGAAGCAGUCGGUAGCGGACGCGGCCGCGCCGCUUGUUCCGGCGGGUCGGAAAGAACAAAACCGGAGGCGCCACCAGGACACGGUCCCGGUGCGUGAAAUUGCCUCGCGAAACCUCAGCCUCGCUGGAGGUGAAGGGAAAGACGACAAACUUCAAGGCUUCAGUCACGAAAAGCGGAAGGAAACGGUUAGGUUCGGGAAAAGCGUGAGCAGUAUUUGGGUCAAAGUGCAUCUGAAAAUCCAAAAGUGUGGAAUGUUUGUUGAAGCCCCUUGACUGAAGUUAUUGUUAACAUUUUUUUAAAUCAAUGGCAAGGAUCUUAAGAUACUUUACCACUGUGGGUGAUGACUACCAGAAGUGGCAAAAAGAAGAUGAGUAUGAUGAAGAUGCCGAUGAAGAAAGUGUUCCUUCCAAAUUCAGUUCUCUCAGGGAUGUUCUUAAGUGGCUUUUUAACUACAAGAAGUUCCAGAUUGCCGUUGUGUGUUUGGUCAUUUUGGAUGCCCUGUUCGUGCUUUGUGAGUUGCUAAUUGAUUUAUCGAUUGUUGAGGCAGACAAGGAGAAAAUAGCCCCCCAGGUGUUUCACUACCUGAGUAUUACUAUUCUGACUGUCUUUAUUCUGGAGUUAGCUGGGAAAUUGUAUGCCUUCCGCUUAGAAUUUUUCUGGCACAAAUUUGAAGUUCUGGAUGGCGUCAUAGUAAUUAUAUCAUUCAUUCUCGAUAUUGUCUACAUUUCCCGGGAAGAUGCUUUUGAUGGUCUGGGCUUGCUCAUACUAUUACGACUAUGGAGAGUGGCAAGAAUAAUAAAUGGAAUCUUUCUGACUAUGAAGUCACGGCAAAAGAAGAAAGAAAUUGAACUGAAACGUGCCAACAACAAUCUCAGUCAGAAAGUGGGUGAGCUCCAAAGUCAGUGCACUGAACUGACACAAGAAGUUGAGAGACUUUGUCGAUUGCUCCAGGAGCACAGAAUAAACUAUCAGAUCAAUGAAGAAACUUCUUUAAAGGUGUGUUAAAUGAAGACUGCAUUAAGAACAGCAGAUGAAAUUACUUUGUAACAGUAUCUUGCAGACUAUCAACUGAGACGUUCCAGUUUUCCAAGAAAACAAAAUUACCAUAAAUUGUUAAUUAACCUUGUAUUUCAAAAUAAACCAAAGACUUGACAGCGACAGUUUUAUUUACCGGUAAUUUGUAGUAUUAUCAAACAGUAUGUUGAUUAGCAGCCUGUUCUUUACAAUGCCAAGUGUGUUAUUUCAAUAGAGUCGGCAUUUAGAGCACAGAAGUGGCAAAUGUUCAGCCCAACUUGUUUUGCCAGCUAUGAAGCCAAUCCACAGACAGGCCCAUAUCCCUGAAUUCCUUUCCUAACCAAGUAUCUGUCCUAAUGCCUUUAGAAUUGUAUCUGCCUCUUUUACAUCCUCCUUGUCGCCACCAUAACUAAAAUGACAAUUUAUUAAGGGCUAUUUUUAUUUCAAUAACAAGUGAUUUGCAUUUUGAUUUGAUCUGGAGUCAGAUGCGCUAUUCUCCCUUUGUUACUUCUGGUAAAUUACCAGAUGUGACUAAAUUUCUGUCAGAGCUUUGCCUUGUACUUAUUUUUUCCCUGUAAACAGGGAUGUGUGCUCUCUACAAAGAAUGACUCAUCCAAGUACCUUCAAGAUGCAGUUCCUUUCAGGGGAAUAAUUAUCACAGCAGUAAUUAUCCUCAGUAUUUCAUGUGUAACCUUGAGAUAGUGCAAUUAAUUGCAAGUCAUUGCACCAACAACUGGAUAUUAUUGAGCAGAUCUAGAAUUGUAUCUACACUUUCUCAGCAAUGUAGCUCAGUUACAUGAUGCAACUGAAAUGUAUUUGCAGUCUCCAUGAUGGACUUUAAAGUACCAAACUGAUUUUAAGCUUCCAAAACAGUCAAAUUUUUUAAAGAGUGCAAUUUAGAAUCCAUCAGGAUAUUCACUUGGAAAAUUGGUGCCUUUUUCAGUUGUGUGAAAUCCAUCUGUGUAUUUUCUCCUUUGGACUCUUGAUUAAGUUUGCUUUCUCAAUACUUUGCAGAAAGGGAAGGUGAAGAGCGGAUGUAGAACUUUGCUUUCCAUUUGAAGAGUUGUGUCCCUUUGUUUAGAAAAUAUACUGCUUUCUAGUGAAUGGGUUUCAAAACUAGGGCAUUUCAAUACUGAAUAUCAAUCUGUUUGUGAUUAUUGACUAGUGAGUGAUGAGGCUUAUACAGAACAUUGCAAAAUAAAUGACAUGCCACCUGUAUUUAAAUAUAAUUACAUAUAUUCUUUCAUUAGUUUGCCAUAAUUCAUAGUGAAUAUUGACCUGGAAAUCUGAAUUCUAAUAAAUUCAGGGAGUUUCAUUAAUGUGCUUUCAGGUUCAUUGUUUAAAAUGUUAACUUUCCAAACAUUAUGGAAAUUCGCAUUACAAGAUUCACAUCAAGUAGAUUGUCAUACAUUGAUUUAUAAAAUGUCUUUUCCUUUGGAAUAUAUACACAUUUUUAAAAAAAAUUGGGAAUAGUAAACUGCUGUUUAUCCACUAUAUAGGAAGUAAAAUUCUCAGAUAAACAGCAAACAUCUUUGAGAAUAUUAAGCCUUUGACUUGUGAAUGUAGGGUAGCCAGGAUAUAGUGAACAAGUUGCACCAAUUUUGGUUCAGGAAACUGUCUGGCCCGGGUGAUGUGUGUCUAUGGUAGACUGAAUUGCUUUUUAUGAAAACUAGCUCAAAUCGUGAAUUUUGUUUCAAGUGCUAUGCAAAAUAAACACAUAUUAAGAACUGUAGACUGAUUAGCGGCAAAAUUUUUUGACUAUUUGGUACUUCAUGUCAGGAGUAUGGUCAUUCAUUUUCUGUAUUUUACAUUAAUUGUUUAGUCUUAUAAUAUAGAAUUGCCAUGUAAAACAUUAUUUAAAACUAAGGAAAUGUAGCUUGGUGAUUUAUUUUAAAGGGUUAUACAUUAGAACAUUGUAGUGUACAGCAGUAUUUUUGCAUUUCGUUUUCAACCAGCACCCUAUUUUCCCCAUCCAUUACACACAGCUAAAAGUAUACUGUGUAGGUUCUUCCUAGGUAAUGACAGGGCUCUGUUCCUGAGCAACCCAAACAGCAACAGCUACAGCUACAGAGUUUCUAUAAGGCGGAGGAUGCCUGCAGAGGUGAAUUGCCCCAUAGGAAUGGAUAGUCUCCAGAAGCAUCUUAAAUCUAGUUUUGCCAUUCUAAUGAUAAAGCUGCUAUUAAUGAAUUUAGCCCAAGCCUAUUUCAGGCUCAUGAUAUUCUUUAAAAGAUUUUACUGCAGAUGGUGUGUUAAAUGCUAAUGAUAGUUUUUAAAAGGACAGCAGGUGACAUGCCUUAAGUAGAACGUGUAAAAGGACAUGGAAUUGUUCUUUUUGGGUUCAAUAUGGCAAAAUUCCAACUCAUUCAAGAAUGACCAUUUAUAGCCCCACAGCAGCUGAUAAAUGCAUUCCCCAAACACACUUGUAUGUGGGGCUCAACAUACAAA